ACUAUCCAUGGAAGUGGACCAGGGUUCGUUUAAAGCGGACCAAAUUUGCACUAGUGUGAAUGCGUCCUUAGAGUCACUAGUUAAUCUAACCUGCAUGAAUUUGGACUGUGGGAGGAAACCAGAGCACCCAGAGAAAACCCACACUGAUAUAGGGAGAACAUAAAUUCUGUGGCUCCCUACAAACCCCCACCCUGGAUUCAAACCAGGAACCGUCUUGUUGGGAGGCAACAAUGCUAAACACUGUACCACCAUACCGCCUUAAAAUCACGUAAAAUCUUAAGAGAUCUGGGCAAACAGAGGCUGACAGGCGCGCGCAUUUUACGCACGGGGUAAUUAUGGUGCCUGUUCGAAACAAAGACAAUCAUUAUCCAAAUUUAGGCCUCCGGAAAUUAUGUAGCAGUAUGACAUUGUUUUUGGAAAGAGAGUUGGAUGCGGGCUCUAGUGUGUGUGUGUGUGUGUGUGUGUGUGUGUAUGAGAGAGAGAGAGAGUGUGCGUGUGAUCCGAGAGAAGGAAAAAGGCAUCUGUCAGUAUUGGAGGGGGUCCCAACACGUCACAUCCAAGGAAGCUGGAAGGAGCUUGCUGAGAGCAGCGCACCACAGAGAGGGAACAACCCGCGGUGCCUUCACAGAUCACUGGACCACAGAGCUGAUUACAACAAACUACAAACAGGAAGAUUUUAAAAAACUUUUUAACCAUGAAGUGCGGACUUGUACACUUUCUAAUAACUCUUCCUCUCAUCAGUGGAUCACCUUUCCAGUACAGCAUGUUUCAGGGCGAAGCGUAUUCUGGCGCUGACACACGACAGAGGAACAAAAACUGGUGCGCCUACGUUGUGCACAAGAACGUGAGUUGUGCCGUCGUUGGAGGCACGGAGAGUUUUGUGCAGCCGGAGGUUUUGCCGUGUCCACCAGAGCUGCCAAACUGUGCGCAACAAGUGAUAUAUCGGACACACUUUAGGCCCAUGUAUAAGAUUGCAUACAAGACUGUCACAGAGCUGGAGUGGAGGUGCUGCCCGGGGUAUCAGGGCCACGACUGUCUGGAGGUGAAAGACCUAAAGCUGCUGCAAGUAGAGCAUAUGCCUCAUGCUCCCUCCACCUCUGGACAUAUUCCAGUCCCACAAGCUCCAGAGCAGCGAACAGAGAACCAGAGGAGCCAUCCCUGGGGAGGGGAGGGGCAGUUUGGAGGUCAGACAGGCCACAGGCCACUGGGGGGUCAUGGAGGAUCUCAAAGUUCACAACACCUGGAGGAGGAGGUGCAGCGGCUAUCCCAGAUGGUCUUCGACAUGCAGGCAAGAAUGACGGACAUGUCCUCCAAUCUGAGGCUGGAUUUCCAAGAGGACGCCAGUAAAAUGCUGGUCACGCUGCUGAAUAACUACGCACAGCCCGCCAGUGCGAGAGGCGCGGAGGCCCACACCAUUCAGGUGCAGGACUUCUCUUUUGGGCAUGAGACAGCGCAGAUGGACGAUGUCAUGAACAAGAUCAACCAGGUCACAGACGAGCUGGAGUCCAAGAGCAACACCCUGGAGGACCUGCUCGGCCGUGUCAGCCAUCAUGAUGGACAAAUUAAUCUGUUAAUGGAGGCUGUCCAGAACCAGCUGUCCACACCCCCUCCCGCCCCCAAAGCCAGUCAUACAGACCUGCGUGCCUACCUGGACGAGAAGAUCCGCGCUCUGAGAGAGGAGUUAAUGCAGGGCAUGGACAUCAAAAUAGCAGACAUGAAGAACUCGUGCGAUUAUAAAAUCACGUCAGUUCUGGAGCAGUGUGAGGGACAACAAGACAACUACCUCAGCCUGGCCGAGCUUAUGGACUCAAAGGAAACUGACCUCCGCGAUGAAAUCCAGGACCUGAAGACCAAGCUGGUUGAUCAAGGAAAGGAACACACCCGCCUUGUGGAGAACUUUGAAACCUGUCUGAACUCAUCUGGGAACAGUGUAGCAGCCCAGUGCCUCUUUGUGGAGGAGAAGCUAAAGAAAGAACAGGCAGAGUCCAUCAAAGACCUGAGGGAGACUCUGGAGGACAAGCUGGCCUCCAUUGAAAACAGACUUUCCAACCUGUUGGUAGAUACAAGCACAAACUCCUCAUCUGGUAGUGGUGCUGCAGAAAACAUUCAAAAAGACCAGUGCUGCAGAGCUGCAGUAGAUGAUGUAGAGACUCGUGUAAACGCCCAGAUAAAUGACUUAGGAAACAUAAAGGAGCAGCUCUUCAACUACAGCUCCACUAUUGAGAAUGUACAUGGUGAGUUGAGCUUCCUGAAAGGGCGUGUGGGCAGGUUGGAGGACUCACUAUCAGAUGUAGUCCACCAGCAGUCUCAGGUGUAUCCGAUUCUCAAUGACACCUGGGGUCACGUUAAAACAGGGGCUGAGCAGGAGGCCAAGGACCCUCAGGGGCUCCACAGGACUCAGCAUCAAGAGCUGAGGAACCGUCUGGAUGAACUGGGCAGGGAGGUAAAAGCUGAGGUCGACCGCUGCAGGGAACAAACAGAAGAUGUCGGGAAGGAGAUUGCACACAUGGACAGCCGCGUCGUUAGUGUGGAGAGUUUAUGCAGCAAGCUGGAUCCUGUCUCCGAUAGCCUCCAGAGGAUCCAAGACGGUCUGAAUAAACACGUCACUGGGUUGUGGACUUUUGUCAACCAGCUGAACGGCACUGUUGGAGCUCAUUCCAGAGAUAUUGGAGAACUGAAGGGAACUUGUCAGAGCCUCCAGAUCCGAGUCUCUAAUGUGGCCAGAGACCUCCAGGUGCUGACGAACGGCAAUCUUGGGAAGACAGAUGUUCAGGUUGUUGUAGAAAAUCCAGGGCGUCCCCAGGGUCCAAGUACGACCCUCACAGGGCCGGUUGGUCCCCCGGACGUCCUCCUCUUGCAACCACCUGUGAUGGAGACUGGAGAGGCGGGACCCCCGGGCAAGAUGAUCCCGUCCAAGUUACCCAGGGGGACAGAUGGCAGCAUGAUGCCCGUCCAGGGUUUUGCUGGAGCUCCAGCAUCUCCAGCCAAAUCCACUGAUUCGCUGAAGAUUAUCAUGCCGGUAGUUUCAGAUGUGAACAUGCCCCCCAGACUAUCACCACAGCAACCUGUCUCACCAUCAGGUGAGGUGUCGUUCUCAGCUGGUCUGACUCUUCAGCCGCUCCAGGGAGAGACUGGAGUCAUUCGAUUCAACAAGGUGCUGGUCAAUGAUGGAGGACACUAUGACGCUCAAACAGGCAUCUUCACAGCUCCCACAGACGGACGCUACCUUGUGACUGCUGUGCUCACAGCCCAGCGAGGUGAGAGGGUCGAGGCUGUCCUGUCUGUGUCCAAUCGCAGUAUCCAGAAGUUGGACUCCACGGGCUUCUUAUCAGGAGCAGCGGCAGCGGCACCGUUGUCGCAUAAUCAGUGUUACUGCAGCAGUUCAACCUCACUGAGCCUGGUUCUGUCGCUGAAGAGAGGAGACCGCGUGGGACUGGUCAUGAGUGCUGGAAAGCUCGCCACCUCAGCCUCCUCUGAGAUCCUGUCAUCUUUCAGUGCCAUGCUUCUUUACCCCAGCCCAUCAAAACGGUAGCCUUGCCCUUUUUAAAGACACCUUUAUAUAAGCCAUGAGUGGAGUAUGAUGCGGACAUUACUGAGGACACAUUAAAGCUAAUGGUGAUAUCACAUUAUCAGAGGAGGGACAGACAAUCUCUAAACCAGCAGACAAAAAGACAAAAAGAGGAAAAAUGUUCUCCAGAUAAUAAUUGAGAGUAUUUCUAUCAUUAGUACUAAUAUAUGAUGUGUUUACAUUGCAAUUAUUUUAUGUUUAUGUUUAUUGUAAAGUUUGAUCUAAAUCUUACAAAAACA